AUGGAAGAGCACAGGAUCAAAACGGACAUGUUUUCACUGAACAGCUCGGACCGCUUUGCACAACAUAUCAUAGAUGGAAGUCAACCAGAGAACAGUGAGAGGAAAGGCCCAGGACUGCUGUGUAAAGUCUGCUCUGAUUCAAGCAGUGGCAAACACUACGGCAUACACGCCUGCAAUGGCUGCAGUGGCUUCUUUAAACGCAGCGUGAGACGACAGCUCAUCUACAGGUGCCAGGCUGGGACCGGCAGGUGUCCUGUUGACAAGACUCAUCGGAACCAAUGCCAAGCUUGCAGGCUGAGGAAGUGUCUCCAAGCUGGCAUGAACAAAGAUGCGGUACAGAAUGAACGACAUCCACGAAGCACAGCACACGUCAGUUUAGACUACGCAAAAGAGAAGUCUAUAAAGGAGCACCUGUCCACCACACAGGAGCUCAGCCCUCCUGACAUCUACUCAUCUGUCAUCUCCAAACCUUUGGUCCAUUCAUCUUGUAGCCCGAACAACCACCGCUUCAUGGUCAGCCUGCUGACUGCAGAGACGUGUGCAAAACUGGAUCCAGGUGACGCAGAGGAAAAUGUUGAUGUGACAACUAAUGAUCCUGAGAGAGAUCGCACUCCGAUUGACUCUCACAGCUUCCCAUACAGCCGUUCAGAAAACAUAUAUGAGAUAUCAGCCCGACUCCUCUUCACAUCUGUCAAAUGGGCAAAAUAUUUGCCCGUUUUUGCUCACUUGGCAUUUCGAGACCAGGUGAUUCUGCUUGAAGAAGCUUGGAGUGAGAUGUUCCUUCUGUGUGCUAUCCAGUGGUCUUUGCCUAUGGACAGUUGUCCUCUUCUGUCCAUUUCAGAGCCUUACCAAACCCAGCAGACCACUGCUAACCUCUCCUCAGUGGACCUGCAGGUACUGGAAGAGGUCUUCAAACGCUUCAAGGUUCUGGCUGUUGACCCGACUGAGUUUGCCUGUUUGAAGGCCAUUGUCUUGUUCAAGUCGGAGACUCAUAGUCUUAAAGACCCAGAGAAAGUGGAAAAUCUGCAGGACCAGUCCCAGGUUCUGCUGGGCCAGCACGUUCAUUCAUCAUAUCCCAACCAGACUGCCAGGUUUGGAAGACUCCUGCUCCUGCUGCCGUCCCUCCACUUUGUGAGUUCCAGGAAAAUCGAGCAGCUCUUCUUUCACAGGACCGUUGGCAGUACACCCAUGGAGAAGCUGCUGUGUGACAUGUUCAAAAAUUGA